UACUCGUGAAACAAUCACCGACAGAUAGAACCUCUCGACUGCUUCCCUUCACCUAAGACUUCUCUCUGUCAACUAAUUUGCAGUGUCUUACACGCCCCGUUAUUUCCUUCUAACUAGUUUCCUUCAUUUUCCCAAUUUCAUAAAAGCUUGGACUGCUCCAGUUUAUUAAAAACAAAAAAAUUGAUUAUUAAAUUGUUUUAUGAUUAUUAGGCUAAUAGCGACGUAAACCUGAGGGGUUAGAUCGUCGAAGGCCCAGUUGGUGCAUGUGUAGCGUAUAUAUAAAAACAAGGGUCUUUGAAUCUUGAGCCCCUCAUUCUUCGGCGAAAUACCUUCUCUCUUCUUCCUCUUCUUCUUCUGCAUCUUUCUUUUACAGGAGGACUGCAUAGUCUAUAUAAAAGGAAGCGUCUUCGAGUCUUUAUUUUGAUCACUAUAAACUUAAAUUUCAAUUCUAUCCGCAGGGUCUUUGAAGUCUGAAUCUUGAGCCCCUCAUUCUUCAGCAAAACACCUUCUCUCUUCUUCUUCUGCUUCUCUCUUUGGCAAGACGACUGCUAGGCGAUCCAUUUUAUAGCAUAUAAAAAUGGUGAAGAUUUGUUGUAUUGGAGCUGGCUAUGUCGGUGGCCCCACCAUGGCUGUGAUUGCACUAAAGUGUCCAGAAAUUGAAGUAGCUGUAGUUGACAUUUCUGUUGCACGAAUCAAUGCCUGGAACAGUGACCAACUCCCCAUCUAUGAGCCAGGCCUAGAUGAUGUGGUGAAGGAGCGCCGAGGAAAAAACCUUUUCUUCAGCACUGAUGUCGAGAAGCAUGUUUCGGAAGCUGAUAUUGUAUUUGUAUCAGUUAACACCCCAACCAAAACCCAAGGGCUUGGAGCUGGUAAAGCAGCUGACUUGACCUAUUGGGAGAGUGCUGCUAGAAUGAUUGCAGAUGUGUCAAAAUCAGACAAAAUUGUUGUCGAGAAAUCAACAGUUCCUGUGAAAACAGCUGAGGCAAUCGAAAAGAUUUUGACACACAACAGCAAAGGUAUCAACUUUCAGAUUCUCUCUAACCCAGAGUUCCUUGCUGAGGGAACUGCCAUCGAAGACCUUUUCAAACCAGACCGUGUUCUUAUUGGUGGUAGGGAGACUCCAGAAGGACAAAAAGCAAUUCAAGCACUGAAAGACGUUUAUGCCCAUUGGGUCCCUGUGGAACAGAUCAUAUGCACCAAUCUCUGGUCUGCUGAGCUCUCGAAACUCGCUGCAAAUGCCUUUUUGGCACAAAGGAUUUCCUCUGUGAAUGCUAUGUCAGCUCUAUGUGAGGCCACUGGUGCAGAUGUAACCCAAGUGUCACAUGCUGUUGGUAAGGACACAAGGAUCGGGCCUAAGUUCUUGAAUGCAAGUGUAGGAUUUGGUGGAUCUUGUUUCCAGAAAGAUAUCUUGAACUUGGUCUAUAUUUGUGAGUGCAAUGGCCUUCCUGAGGUUGCAAAUUACUGGAAACAGGUUAUUAAGGUGAAUGACUACCAAAAGAAUCGUUUCGUGAAUCGGGUGGUUUCUUCUAUGUUUAACACAGUUUCAGGUAAGAAAAUUGCAAUUUUGGGAUUUGCUUUUAAGAAAGACACAGGUGAUACUAGGGAGACCCCAGCUAUCGAUGUUUGUAACGGCUUGUUGGGCGACAAAGCACAAUUGAGUAUAUAUGACCCACAGGUUUCGCAUGACCAGAUUCAAAGGGAUCUCUCUAUGAAGAAAUUUGAUUGGGAUCAUCCCAUUCAUCUUCAGCCGAUGAGUCCGUCAACAGUCAAGCAAGUUAGUCAUGCUUGGGAUCCUUAUGAGGCAACAAAAGGUGCUCACGGUAUCUGCAUCUUGACCGAGUGGGAUGAGUUUAAGUCUCUUGAUUAUCAGAAGAUUUAUGAUAAUAUGCAGAAGCCUGCAUUUGUAUUUGAUGGGCGUAAUGUCGUGGAUGCUGAUAAACUGAGGAAGAUCGGGUUUAUUGUUUACGCCAUUGGUAAGCCACUUGAUCCAUGGCUGAAGGACAUGCCUGCUAUUGCAUAAAUUCCUAACUGCAUGACCUGGCUUGUGACCAGUUGUCCUGUACAAGUGUUUUAUUUUUUUUUCUCCUUUUGAUCUUUGGCCUUUUGCUUAUGUUGUUGUUUUGCGAUUCAGUGAUUAUUAUUUUGUAAUGAAUCCGAUAGCACAAUCAUGUUGAGAUCCCGCUUGAUUAAUAGCGUAUCUGAAUGUGUUCUUUUUGGUUUAAUGUAAUAAAAGCAGAAACCUGAGAAAUUAUACUA